ACUUAAACGCUUUAUCAAAGCUGUGUUACAUUUAAGCUAUCGCUGCGAGCCAAGUCAACUCGCGUUUAAGCUACGCCAUAGCCGCUUUGGAGGAGGCAGUCCAGUGGUCGCGGGACAUAUUCUUCUACGUGACUUAGUUACGCUCCGCGCUAUCGGUUUCACAUCAGCCCAUUGUUUCUCUGCAUAUGUGUGCAGCAUUUUCGAAAUUCCGAACUUUUGAAGUCUCUAGUCGACAAUGCACUUCAAUUGUUUCGCCGUCACCUUGGCGCUAUCAGUCGCGUAUGGCGCGCGCGCAAAUACGGACGUCGAAUUGCCUUUGUUUUCACAAGAAAGUAGCGACAGCAGUGGCUCCCAUAAAACUCCAAUAACACCGGUCAACUGUGAGAUACCCAAUGAGGCGAAAUUGGGCAUCUGCAUGGAGGUGGGCAACUGCUCAGCUUAUCUACAGGCGCGCAAUAUAACCGACGUAUCCUCAGAGAAAGUGAACUUCCUGAAGAAGGUGCAAUGCUCAUGCAAAGAUAGCGGAGAUCGCAUUUUUCAACCCUUGGUAUGCUGCCCAGCCAACGGACAGGACUACUUAUAUCCUUCGUUGAAAUUUUCGAAAUUCGAGUAUCGCCGCUUUCAAAACGUCACGGCUCAGUUCAAACGCAAGAAGUUGAAGCGUCGCAUACAAACAGUGGAGCCGGCGCAGAGCUUCAACUUGCGCAACGAAUGUGGCAAACAGGUGACGAACCGCAUUUAUGGCGGCGAGAUCGCCGAAUUGGAUGAGUUCCCAUGGCUGGCGCUGCUGGUGUACAACUCAA